AUGGAAUGCCUGCCAGACAGUGACAAUGUCUUCGGUCCUUGUAUUAACCCCAACUGUCGUCCAUUCGAUUUCACACUACUGUUUGAGGAUGGUUUCUUUGGAUUGCUCCCAGCGGCCCUGUUCCUGGUUCUGGUUCCCCAACGACUGCAUUUCCUUCGCACUGCCCAGGUCAAACUGGGCUUGUUCCGACUGGCAAUGGCGAAACUGGCUCUGCUAGCUGUGUUAUUACUUUUGACUGGUAUCUGGAAUUAUAAGUAUUAUUACUACAGUACUAGUCACAGAAUCAAUACAUAA